GCAGAGCGCUCUGCAGGGAAGCCCAGGGGGCACGGUCCCUGCCCGCAGGCGCAGGGCCAGGCUCCCGCCGCGCUGCCGGUGCCGCGGUUGGGCCGGAGCUCCCCGUCUCCCCCUGCGUGGAGGCCCCUCUUGCCUUGCUGCCUAUUUUUAUCCGCACCCGAUGGUUGGGCUGGGAUGUGCCGACGUCACGUGUUUUUGCACAACGUGCACUUUGUCAGGGUUUAAGGUUCAGCCUGCGUGCCAGACGGGCUCUGCGGGGCCGACAAACAUCUUCCCGCUGCUCUGUCUCCUCUCAGCACGCCCGUGCGCGGUUCCAGCGGGGCGGACGUGGCCAGCACGCGGCUCCUCAGCGAUCUGUUACUGUGUACUGACUCGGUACAUCAGGCUCCGACCUCCCGUCCGCGGCUCCCCACACGCGUCCUUUGCUCACCCACGACCUACACAAGCGUGUAACCUGCUGGUGUCAGCACGGGAUUCCGACGUGUGAAUUCACGGGAGGCCAGACCAGCACACAUUUAACGCUGCGGGGUCAGAGCGCUCCCGGGGACACGGCAGAGCAGCUUCGGCUGUUACUGCCCAACGCAUCUCCACGGUCAGCCCUGGGAUGGAAACCUGCAGACAGCUCGGGGUGAGGCUCAGGAUGGGGAGCUCGGCGCUCAUGGAGCCCUGCUGGCUCCAGCUCUGCCCGUGUUCCCCCCGCAGCUCCGCCCACCGCAGGACACACGUACCCGGCUCUUCCCUAAGUGCUUCCAGAAGUGGAAAGCAGCGCAGCGUGUGUAACCGCAGCGCGGAGCCGCGGCCGGCCGGGGGGACGGGGCGGUGCGUGGGCGUGCGCUGGGAUGAGGACAUUCCCUGGAACCGGUCCCGGCCGCAGCUAAGAACGGGAUGGCCGGCAUGUCCUGGGAAGGCUGGCGUGCCCGGCGGCACAGGGGACGCAGGGACGGCAGCCAGGCGGAUGCGCAGGGCAGAGCAGAGGGACAGGCUGGACAGCGGCUGUGUGACACCUGGAGAUGUGAGCGCGGCCGGGGGCUGCGUGUGGUGGUGGGACUGGUCGGAGGCAGAGGAGCGUGUCGGGGGGAGGAAGGGUCCCUGCUGCCCCGGGGGGUGCAGGGGGAGCCGGGAGCUGUGGCACGAGGGGCAGCGAGAGGUGACAGGGAGCAGGGCCCAGGGCCCAGCGCAGGGCUGGCAGAGCGAGGUUUGGGGCCAAGCCCCGGGGGCACCGUCAGCUGUGGCAGCGGGUGCUGGGGCUGCCGCACCCUGGAGAGGCCGAUGGUGCUUCGCGCUGGUGGCUGCUCACGCACCAAGGGCACCGGGUUUCUGUCAGACCUCAUUGCUGGCCCUGCCUUGGCAGGCUCUGCCGGCAGCUGGAGGGCUCGGUGAUGCUCUACUGGCAGCUGGGGGGCUUGGUGAUGCUCUGCCAGCAGCUGGAGGGCUCGGUGAUGCUCUGCCGGCAGACGGAAGGCUCGGUGAUGCUCUACUGGCAGCUGGGGGGCUUGGUGAUGCUCUGCCAGCAGCUGGAGGGCUCGGUGAUGCUCUACCGGCAGCUGGGGGGCUUGGUGAUGCUCUGCCAGCAGACGGAAGGCUCGGUGAUGCUCUACCGGCAGCUGGAGGGCUCAGUGAUGCUCUGCCAGCAGCUGGAGGGCUCGGUGAUGCUCUGUUGGCCGCUGGAGGGCUCAGUGAUGCUCCGCAGCGGCUCGAGCAGAUUUUCCUGGCUCCUGGACCCUCCCCUGAAGCUGCAGAGCAGUGGAAUGUUGCCGCUGCUGCGGCCCUGCAGCCGGCUGGGAUCUGCCCCACGCACAGCCCUGCGGUGAGCUGGGAUCUGCCCCAUGGGAUCUGCCCCACGGGAUCUGCUCCAUGGGAUCUGCUCCAUGCACAGCCCCGCGGUGAGCUGGGAUCUGCCCCACGGGAUCUGCCCCAUGGGAUCUGCCCCACGCACAGCCCUGCGGUGAGCUGGGAUCUGCCCCAUGGGAUCUGCCCCACGGGAUCUGCCCCACGGGAUCUGCUCCACGGGAUCUGCCCCACACACAACCCUGCAGUGAGCUGGGAUCUGCCCCACAGGAUCUGCCCCAUACACAACCCUGCAGUGAGCUGAGAUCUGCCCCAUGGGGUCUGCCCCAUACAUAGCCCUGUGGUGAGCUGGGAUCUGCCUCAUGGGAUCUGCUCCACGGGAUCUGCCCCAUACACAGCCCUGCAGUGAGCUGAGGUCUGCCCCAUGGGGUCUGCCCCAUGGCAUCUGCCGCACACACAGCGACCUGGGAUCUGCCCCAUGCAGCCCCACGUGCAGCCCCACGUGCAGCCCCACGUGCAGCCCCACGUGCAGGUGAGGAGGAGGCUCUGCUGCCAACCGGGGGGCUCCAGCCUGGGGGCUCAGGGGUAAAUAACCAUCUUUGCCAUCACAGUGGUCUGGAAUUAUGCGCAGCCUGGGUUACCAUGUUAUAGCUGGGGAGUUCCCCGUCCCAACAGCCUUUGAACACUUCUCUAACCUUUUACUAAGAAAAAGAAGUAGAAGCAGUUAAGUGGAGAAUUAAGCAAAGCUUUCAUAACAAUAUCUUUUGUUCCUUUUCGUCUCUGAGGUAAAACCUUUCCCUAGGAGAAGUGGGCAGACUUUCGGCUGGGUAUGAAGGUGAUGCCAGCUCCCAUUCCUGGGCCUGCGGAACAACGGUAGUGGAGGCACCCGGAGCUUGGUUGCUGGAACCCCGUGUUGCUGAAACCCGUCUUUGUGCUGUUAAGCCGAACCCAAGACGAUUGCACACGGCAGCAGAUCACGACAGCAGCGGUGCCAAGGAGGGGGUCGUGUCUCGGGGAGCCGGCUGCUGAGUGGAUGUGGGCACGUCCCACGGCCUGUCAGUGGGCACGUCCCACAGCGUGUCAGCGGGCACGUCCCACGGCGUGUCCACCUCCAGGAGACCAGGUUGUGCCGAAGGGGGAAUUACAAGUGAGGGUAUGGGCCCUAAGAGCCAAAUGAAUGUAA